AUGUCUUCUGCAGAGGAGCAGACGCCCUACCACCCCAAGGAUGCCGUCGGGGCGACGAUAAAGAGCACUUUGAUGACCGGAAGUGUGGGUCUCUUCGCUUCCGCCGUCCAGAAUACCCUCGCAAAACAGAACAUUGGCCCAUGGGGCGUUUUUACGAGAACAGGAAGCACUGUUGCUUUAUUCGCGGCGUUGAUUGCAGCGACAAUGGGUGGGGCCUAUGAAUUUGUCAAGACAGCGUCUGCGAAUUUACGGGAGAAGGAAGAUCACUGGAAUGCUACAUGGGGUGGAUUCUUCGCCGGUGCUGCUAUGGGUUUGAAAGGUAAGCUAUUCGAUCUUGAAUUUUUAUUUACCAAGCGAUUGGCAUUCCUCGAAAGCGUUGCUAAUGCUGUACCUUUUUCAGUUCGCUCAUUUCCGGCAAUAAUUGGCUAUGGUGCUACCGUUGCAACCGUGCUAGGUGUUUUCGAAUUCACCGGAGGCAAGCUUUCGGGCUUCAGCCUCACCCCUACCGAAGACGACUUUGAUAGACGGCAGGCAUUGCGAACAAAUUACCGGAGUCCGGGAGAAGAAACGAUUGCACUUUUAGGAGAGGGAAGGGGUAUCUAUGGUCCUGGAUACGCAGAAAGAAGGCGAGAGAGGAUAAAACAGAACUACGGCAUCGACGUGCCCGUCACACAGCCGUCGGCUUCCUAA